CAAGAAUGGAUUAGCUGACGUCUAAUUGGACGCCGGCCGCCGCCAAGGCUGCCCGUAAUCUUCGAGUGCGCACCUUGACGGCCAAGGCUCAUGAGAACCUUGAUAGCUGUGACGGAGAGCCAAGACCUCAGCCCCGCCUCCAGCGCCAUGCUCCUUCACUUUUCCUGGUGCAUCACACAUGCGGUCCAACAGCAGAGCUGGAAGGAUCCAGAUCCGAUACCAACACAACCUACGCCUCGAGGGAGCUGCCAUCAAGGGACACUGGAUCUUUUUCGUCAUGGAAAACCACGGAAUGUGGCAUCCCACGCAGGCUGCCAAUACUCCACCCAAAAGGGCCACUCACGCAGAGCAGUGCAACCACGCCAACCGUGUCUUGGACUCUUGGCGAUUGCCACCUUUCCGGCAGAGACUGAGCUCAUUCGAACCUAUUCCUGCAGUGCGUUGCAGGUUUCAUUACGAGCCGUGCCGUGGCCGGUGCUUGACCGGCUCGACAGCCCAUGUAUAUCAAGCCAGUCCGCACCAUCCGCCGAGAGGGCUCACCAGUCACCGCACUCCACGUCUUCCCACUCAUUCCCAGUCAAUCCCGUCUACCCGUAACAGCACUCGUUUGAGAUCAAAAUGAAGUUUACUGCAUACGCCGCCGUCCUCUUGGGACUCGUCUCCGUCGCCGUGGCUCAGGCCGAGGACCCCGGCCCGUCCCCGACUGAGUCGUACGGCUGUGAGCCUCAUGGCGAUCACUGGUGUGUUCCUGCAUCUCACGUGUACAUAAUGCAGUGAUACUAAGUCCUGU